AUGCAACAUGGAACAGGGCUCUUGAUCAAUUGCAACAUCGCUACCUACUUGACUGGAAGCGCACUUAUUCCAUUGGGGUUGACGUGGUGGCAGGCAAUUAUUGCCAUCAUUUUGGGCAAUGUCCUUGCAACCGCUGCGCUGAUUCUUGCUUCUUUGGCGGGUGCUUAUUAUCACAUUGGAUUCCCUGUCUUUAGCAGGGCUGUUUGGGGAAUCUGGGGCUCUCAAUUCGUCAUCUGGAACCGCAUCUUCUUGUCCCUCGUCUGGUACGGCUUCCAAUCAUGGGUCGGCGGACAAUGCACGUAUCUCAUGCUUCUGUCAUGGGAUCCCAACCUCGAGAAACACGUUCCUAAUACGAUCCCCGCCGAGACGGGCAUGACAUCCGCCCAGUUCCUCUCCUACUUCAUCUUCUGCGUCGUUACGCUGCCUUUCCUAUGGAUCCGACCGCACAAGAUACAAAAGUUCUUUUACUUUGCCAGUUCAGUUACCCUCGUCUUUUUCGUGGUGCUCCUGAUCUGGGCGCUCGCGACGAUGGGGUCUGAUGGCUUUGGCGACACGAUUAGUGACAGCACGCCUCUUCCUACGACUGGUGGACCGAACAGCGUUACUUGGCUAUUGAUUUCGGGAAUUAUGUCGACUGUUGGAGGCAUUGCGGCUGGAAUUCUUAACCAGAACGAUUAUGCGCGUCUUGCGAGAAAGCCCGGAGAUGCCAUUUGGGGCCAGACUUUUGCGUUCCCGCUCUACAGUAUUGGCGCUUCAGUCAUUGGUAUUUUGGUUACGGCGGCGACACAGAAACGAAUGGGCGAAGCUAUCUGGAAUCCUCCUACGUUAUUCGCAGCUAUGCUGGCCAAGGAUCCAAGCUCCGGCACCCGAGCAGCUGUCUUCUUUGCUGGUCUCGCGUUGUCCAUCUCCCAAAUGGGCAGCAAUCUACCAGGUAAUGCCCUCUCAGGCGGCAUCGACCUCGCCUCUGUGUUCCCCAAGUACAUCAACAUCCGUCGCGGCGCGUACUUGAUGGCUCUCCUCAGUCCCAUCGUCAACCCAUGGCGACUCGUCAACACAGCGACAGUCUUCCUCACAGUCCUCUCAGGCUACAGCGUGUUCCUCGCCCCCAUGACUGGUCUCAUGGUCGCCCACUACAAUCUGGUGGCAAAGGGCAAGAUCAACGUCGACGACUUGUAUGUGGGUCACAGCCGAAGCAUUUACUGGUACAGCGCUGGUGUCAAUUGGCGUGCUUUCGCAGCGUGGAUUGUAGGCGUCGUGCCGCAAAUGCCGGGCUUCAUCGCUGCUGUCAACCCUUCAGUGCAGAUUUCAGACGGUGCAAUUGAGCUCUACCGAUUGAAUUAUCUCUUUGGAUUCAUGAUCAGUGCGGUCGUAUACUACGUGCUUCACUUGGUUGUUCCAGAGAGAAAAUUGGACGAGUUUCUCAAAGACGGUAUCUCUGCGCAGGAGACGCAGCAAAAGUACCAUGAGAGCUGGAACAUGCCGUACACUGAUGGUGAGCCCGGAAGCCAAGAGCGCAUCAUUGUCCCGCACAAUAAGGGGCCUGAUUCCUUGGCGACAUCUGUUUAA